AUGUAUUCUUGUCGCAUUGCGGACGCAAAAAAUGCGAACAACGCAUACCCGCGGUUCGAUAAACAGGAGACAAGAGUCGGCACGGAAUCCAGGAAUCAGGACCGGACGUCCCCACCCACUCUCCGCACCCGCCUCACCCCGCGAUUCCACCGAACGUCGAUGCGGAAUAUUGGACUUCUGGCGGCCCACUUCCCACACGGCGGCAUUGAGCACCAGAUAGGAAGGGACGAUCGCGGGACUGGUCAUCACCGCCUCAGGCGCCGCGACAAACCGGUCGACUCGGGUAACAAUACGGCCACACCAGGCAGGCUCCACGCGCAACACCGCGGAACAUCUGGACUGAGCGAGACACCGUACAAGGUCUCCGUCGCUGUCAACACCCAUAAUACGAGCGACCGGCAAGUGCCUGGCGCGUCUGCGAGAGACGCGAACGAUAAGCCUUAUGAGGCAAGAAUAUCUACCAGACGGGGUCACAAGCGCGACGCAUUGCACAUGGAGCAGGAUCACAGGGCGCCGGAAGAUGACCAAGAACAUACCGCUAGUGCCUCGGACAGAUAG